AUGUCUUCAAUCAUCUUGGGUCUGUCCCUGGUGGGACUUUGCACCGCCCAAGAAUCUAUUGAGAAGCGAGAAGGCAAGGAAAGCGAGCUUUCCUUGUGGUACGAAGCCUACAAUGACAAAUUGGCCCGUUAUACAAUCUUGUCCCUGGGAUGCGCGGCCGCUGCAUACUACAUUUGGUCUUUGAGCUUCCGCUUUGCGGGACAUCUUCGACGUCUGUCUGCCUUUACCGACGACAAGCAGAAGUACUUCGUACCAGCUCACGACAAGUUCUGCUGGCUGAAGGAGCACUUGAUCUAUGCUCCCCUUUUCGGAGUCCGACACAAUCGUGAAUUUCAGCUCUCAUCGGCGAUCAACAUGGGCACACUCCCCAGCCGAUUCCACGGCUUCCUGGUCGUCAGCGUUGUGGUGAUGAACGUGGUUCUGUGUACCGUGACCACUCCGUACAACUCAACGGAAGAUACUCUAGCGGGCAUUGUGCGCAAUCGGACAGGAACCAUGGCCACCAUCAACUUGAUUCCCUUGAUCAUUAUGGCCGGACGCAAUAACCCUCUGAUCGCGAUGCUCCACGUGCCCUACGACACCUGGAAUCUUCUCCACCGAUGGCUGGGCCGCAUCGUGGUGUGCGAGGCUCUCGCUCACACUUUUGCUUGGAUGAUCCCGAAAGCUAACAAGAUUGGAUGGGGCGUUGUGGCCAAGAUUCUUCCAACCAGCAGCUUCCUGUUCGCGGGUUUGAUGGGUACCGCGGCAUUCACGGCGCUGAUGCUUCAUUCACCGUCCCCGAUUCGUCAUGCCUUCUAUGAGACUUUCCUCCAUCUCCACAUUGCUCUUGCUGCCGUAUGUUUCGGCUUCUUGUGGGUGCAUCUCAACGGUCUUGCGGCUCAGACAUACCUGCUGGCAACACUUGUUCUGUGGGCGCUUGAGCGUACUAGCCGUCUGAUUAUCAUCUUCUAUCGAAACAUCGGCCGUAAUUCCACCACGGCAACGGUUGAAGCUAUGCCCGGUGACUGCAUGCGCAUUACGAUCCGCAUGGCUCGGGCCUGGACCUUCAAGCCGGGUCAAUAUAUCUACCUCUACAUUCCAUCCGUUGGUUGGUGGACUUCCCACCCUUUCUCGGUGGCCUGGACCGAGACCGAGUCGACCUUGACUGAUGAAAAGUCCCUCCCCAUGGCACGACAGGAUCUGCUCAGCCGGUCGAAGGAAAAUACCAUCUCCUUGCUGGUUCGUCGCCGCACCGGUAUGACGGACAAGCUGUUCAAGCGUGCUUCCAAUGCGGUCGGCUCGCGGGUGGUCCUCCGUGCAUUUGCCGAAGGUCCCUACGGCAACAUCCACUCCUUGGACUCAUACGGUACCGUGAUGCUCUUCGCUGGAGGUGUUGGAAUCACCCACCACGUUCAAUUUGUCCGUCACCUCGUCGCUGGCUUCGCCGACGGUACCGUGGCCACUCGCCGUCUCACUUUGGUCUGGAUCAUCCAGUCUCCCGAGCACCUCGAAUGGAUCAGACCCUGGAUGACCACCAUCCUGGCGAUGGACCGCCGCCGUGAAGUGCUCCGGAUCAUGCUCUUUGUGACGCGUCCCCGUAACACCAAGGAGAUUCAAAGCCCCUCUGCAACCGUCCAGAUGUUCCCCGGUCGACCCAACAUCGACACGCUCAUUGGGAUGGAAGCCGAGAGUCAAGUUGGUGCCAUGGGUGUGAUGGUGUGUGGAAAUGGUGGUUUGAGUGAUGAUGUGCGCCGGGUGUGCCGUCGGAGGCAACCUAGCUCCAACCUGGAUUACAUCGAGGAAAGUUUCUCGUGGUAG